UUAUCUCCAUUAUUUACCUCACAAAAUAUUCAGACAUAUUUACAACGUUCAGAUAACCAUUCAGCAACAUUUAUUUUUACUUUCUUCAAAAUUCUCCAACCAAAGGCAAGAUAAGAGAAGAUGGCAAUGAAGGUGUUUGCUGUGGCUCUGCUCUCUGUUUUCAUGGGGUUUAUGGUGUCUGUUUCUGAUGGAUUAAAUCCGGUCGACUGCUCUGACAUCUAUAAAUCUGGACAAACCAUCAGUGGGAUCUACUCCAUCUAUCCAGCAGGUGACGUUCCUGUCUGGGUUUACUGUGAGAUGAUCUCAGUUGGAAACAAUAAAGACAAAGGAGGAUGGACGGUGAUUCAGAGGAGAAUGGAUGGCAGUGUGAACUUCUAUCGGCCGUGGAAUCAGUCCAAGAGAGGAUUUGGGAAUGUGCAAGGAGAAUACUGGCUGGGGCUGGAGAACAUGUACCAGCUGACACGCAACAGGAACUACACGCUGAGAGUGGAUCUAGAGGACUUUAAAGCAAAUAAAGUUUUCGCUCUGUACUCCUCUUUCUCUGUGGGUCCUGAAGCUGCUGGAUAUAAACUGCAUGUUUCAGGAUUCAAGAAUGGAGGAGCAGGCGACUCUUUAUCUUUUCAUAAUGGACAGAAGUUCACCACCUUAGACAAAGACCAAGAUGUCCGUGCAGGUAACUGUGCCAAACUUCGUCUCGGGGCAUUUUGGUACAAAGACUGUCUGGAGACAAACCCUAACGGUGUGUACAUACGGGGUGAAGAUGGCACUCAUUUCGCUAUUGGAAAUGUUUGGUUAAAAUGGAAGAAAAACAAUGUCGGUAUGAAAUUCAUCUGCAUGAAGAUCAGACGUGUGUCAUAGAAACAUCACUGUGCUUCUCAGAAAUGAACAACAGAACAAUCAUAUUAAUGAUUAAGGAAUUCAUCUUCUCUAUUAAAUGUGUAACUGUAGUAAAUCAUGUAGGAAUAUCACUCUCAUAAACACAAAGCACUGUUAAUAAAUUGUUCUUUGUUCUGGGUCACUUCUUUUAAUGUACAACUGCAAUUAAUCAACAACUUAUACAUUUGUAAUAAACUCCUGCAUUGAAA